AAAAAUUGAUGAAUGUUUGAUUUGUCAACAUGAAGUAAUGUGAGCAUCUCUCCCUACCCAGGUGACCAUAGUCCCCAGGACCUCGGCAGCUCUGGGGUUUGCUCAGUACCUACCCAAGGAGCAGUACCUCUACUCUCAGGAGGAGCUGUUUGACAAGAUGUGCAUGGCCCUUGGAGGGAGGGCAGCUGAGGCCAUCAUCUUCAACAGGGUCACCACAGGAGCCUCGGAUGACCUGAAGAAGGUGACCAAGAUGGCGUACGCCCAGAUCAAACAGUUCGGGAUGAACCCCAACGUGGGAUACCUGUCCUUCCCAGAGGAGGACAACAACGGGCUGGGCAAGAAACCCUUCAGCAAGCACCUGGCAGCUCUCAUGGACGAGGAGGCCAGGCGAUUGGUAGCUAGAGCGUACUACCAGGCACAGAAGAUAUUGGUGGACAACAAGGAUAAACUGGAUGUGCUUGCCGAGGCCCUGCUGGACAGAGAGGUUCUGAACUACAGCGACGUGGUCGACCUGCUGGGCCCCCCUCCCCACGGCCCCAAGAAAACUGUGCAGGUGGCCGGAUGGGACCUGGACGAGGGCGACGACGCCCCCUUGCAGAACCUGAGUGAAGGAGUGGAACAAGACAAGCCCCUAACUGCAGCGGGCGCUGUCAGCCAGGAUUCGAACCAGCAACCUUGAGUUACUGGGCCCAUGGGACGUUCUGAGCCCAACAAGAGCGGACCAGCCGUAAACAAACUUAUCAAGACUGGAUGAGAACUCAAAUAAACACCGCAGCCACAUGUUUAAACAGCGGAGAGACGCGCCAUCCUGUGUUUAUCACGUACGUUCUGGUGCGGUGCCUAUCCACCUGUGGAUCGCCGUGUUUACAGAAGGGUGAUAGUCUGCUGUGUUUCUUUCAUCUGUUAGUGUACAAAAUCUGUUGUCCAGGGCUGUAACUGGCCCCUUCUAGGAGGCCGGUCCGAUGUCGGACGGGCUGCUAUAAGCGAGGUUCAAUCAGGCUAGUUGGGAGUAUCCUAGAUGUAAAUACGUUAUCCAAGAAGGAGGAUUGUAUGUCGUGGAUUCUGUGAGAUGUGAAAAGGAGAUUUGGACGGGUAUGGUUUUCCGAGAUUGCUGAACUACUUGAGUGUACCAUUCAAGCCUCUUAGGAAGGACAUCAACAAGUGGAUUAUGCCAAUAAAAACUUUGUCAUAUCUUAUUCAAGAAUACAGCCAGUCUUGCCUAUUGCCAAAAUUUUUAUUUGACUCUUCUGUAUAUGUAGUGUCUUUAAGAAAAUGUUGUUUUCCGACCUGAAAUGGUUUGCAGAACAUGAUCAUGAAAUGAAUUCGAACGAUGUGAUGUCACGUACGGACCAUUACGAUAUGUAGUUCGCUGACUUGGGUGUCAUUCUAAGCUACUACAAUAAACUUAUCUUGAUUACAGUCUGA